GUCCAACCUUUCUAGUUCAGAUGAUUUUCAAAAGAAAAGUACUGAUGGUCCUCCAUGAUGCAUGGCCAUGUCAGAAGUAGAUCAGUAGAAUUUUAUCAGGAAUGACCCCGUGCAUGCAUUCCUCAUAACAUUUACUUGAACCAUCGAAAAUAAAGCUUUCUAGCUAAUCCCUUGGCACCAAUUUGUGGUUGGGUAAAAAUAAGGAGGAAUGGCCACCGUGCACCCAGAUCGACAUGCAUGUCACUUACAACGUGGGGUUGUCCAUGUAUCUCUCACGGCCACACUUUUUUCUCCUAAGCAUGCUAUUUAACCGGACAAUGGCCAGAACUCCAUCCAGAAACCAUCAUCUCCUCAUCAACAACCUCCUUCUCAACCCGUCAUACGUACCUUGUGGAAGUAGUCUCAAGAAAGAAUGGCGCUGAAUACUAGGAAUGCAAUCGUUGCCGUUCUCCUCCUCGUCGUGAUGGUCGUGGCGGUCUCAACACCAGCAGUAACUGCCCAAGAGGACUGCUGGGACAAAUGUUUCAAGGACUGCAAGGCAAAAAUGGCAAUGGAAGUGUGCAACCAAAAGUGCAUUGACUUUUGCAAGUAUCAAGCUGGAGCCGGAGAAUAUGUUAAGAUGGCUGGCGAUAAACUCAAGGAGGCCAAAACUGCCUCUCCAGAACAGGCCACUAAACUCAAGAAUGAAGCUACCACCUACUUAGAACGUGCCAAAGUCCUCAGCGAUAAAGCCGUGACCCCGUGAGUGUGAGUGCGCGCUCUUUUGUCUAUCGGUGUCGCUGCUGUUAUGGUGUCUAUGGAUGUUUUAUUUAUUUACUAUUAAAUUGUCGCGGUUGCAUCCCAUAUUUUUUGGUUUCUUUCAUUUUUGUCUCUUUGUUAACAGACCGUCUUUUGUAUUAUGACGACAUGCUUGUUCCAGUGACUCCCUUUCUCUGUUUUUAUUGUCGAGAUUACUCAUGUAUAAUGGUUUUCCAUUGAUUUGGAUACAUAAUAAUAAAGAUUCUUGCUUCCUUUUUAA